CGCUCGAUGUUUUCGAAACGAGCAGUAGGACGCGUGCAGUAUUCAAAUUUCCGCCGUGCUGUUGUGAUCGUCAAUCGAGCCAAAGGGAAAGAGAGAGAGAGAGAGACACAGAGAAGGGUUUUCCUCGCUCCGAAAAAACGACACUUUUCGUCCAACUCCUCACCAGGUACGCGAAAACGAAUCCCUCGGGAUGGCGCAGAACGUGAACCCGUUCAGCUCGAUGCAGAAUACGCCAACCAAGGCCGCUGAGGAGAAGCAGAGCUUACCGAAGGACAAUCAUGCAGUCAGCAAACGGUUGCAAAAGGAGCUGAUGGUACUGAUGAUGAGUACUGAACAAGGAGUGUCCGCCUUUCCGGAGGGAGAAAAUUUGUUCAAGUGGAUUGGGACUAUCACAGGACCAAGAGAUACAGUAUACGCUGGUCUCACCUAUAAAUUGACCUUAGAAUUUCCACAUAGUUACCCGUAUAGUGCUCCCAUAGUACGCUUCGCCACGCCGUGCUUUCAUCCGAAUGUAGAUACCGGUGGCAACAUUUGUCUAGAUAUAUUGAAAGACAAAUGGAGUGCGUUGUACGACGUCCGCACCAUUUUACUCUCUAUACAAUCCCUUCUCGGUGAACCUAACAAUGAAAGUCCACUGAAUCUCGAAGCAGCAGAAUUAUGGAACAAUCAGACAAAAUACAAAAAGUAUCUGAUGGAAGAAUAUAACAGGGCAGUCGACCGAACACAGAGCAAUCGCAAUCAACAAGAUUCAUGAUAAGCCAUGACCAUAACCCAUUUUAUGAAUCAUUUAAUAUUAUUCUUAUAAUUGAUCGGAUUAUAAUUAAGUGUAUAAUUAAACAGAACUUUUUCCGCACUUCUAUCGAGGAUCGUUAAGCACUCGAGUUUAAAUUGGAUUUUUUUCCUUAGAAAUGAUGACAAUGAUAAAAUUCUUCUUUUCGACUUGUGUACAUGUCAUGUUGCAUUUAGCUUGUAUCUCGCGCGAGACUUUUGUAAGAACAAUUAUAAAUUUAUGUAAUCACCGACAUUUAAGACAAUUGCGCUACAUUUAUUUAUUUACCAUAUAGAAAUAUAUAUACGUUGGUUUUUUUUCGAUCAUUAUCGCCAUCGUCUGUAUAUUACAUUUACAUUUUAUAUGUUUCCAUUUUUACCAUUACUGUAUAGUACUAAAAUAAAUAUUUUAAUGUCAUAUAAUUAUAA